UUCAUAAUGGAAGUUUUAUGGUUCUUUUUCUGUAAUGUGUUAAUUGCUGUUUGUAAAGCGCGCUGUCCGGAAUCGGAUACAAAUUUACUGAAAUGGAGUGAUCAUACUGGAACAUGGGGUGGCUCGCCACCAGCUGAAAAUGACAACCUGAUAAUCACACAACCAAUAUUACUAGACGAACAACCACCAAUAUUAUACUCAAUAGUAAUCACAGAUACUGGUAAAUUAGUCUGGGACCCAAACACCGUGGUCCACCUAAAGGUACAUUGGGUCCAAGUAGACGGAGAGCUGCAUAUCGGAGCAGAGGAUUGUCCAUUUCUGUCAAACACUCACAUCACGUUUCUAGGAAAUGUUGAAGAAAACAAUCUUGGUGCUGGCGGAGAUAAAGCAUUGUUUGUUACUGUUGGCGGAACACUCGAAAUUCACGGAAAACCAAAACUUUCCUGGACGAAGCUAGCGCAGACCGCUACUAAAUUAAACACAGCAACAGACGUAAUUGCUAGCCAUCAUGAAAAUACUAAUAGUAAAGGACUUGCUGUUUAUAGUAUCAACCCCUUUACAGGAGAGCUGGUUGACUCAGCUUUCUUCAACUUUGCGAUCAAUCGUAGAAAAUAUCGAGAACUUAUCGUAACAUUUGUAAAUUUCUUAGAAACUAUGUUUCUCUAUUUUGACAGUGCUGUAGAAUUCUUUAAUGCAAUGUUUCAACAAAAUACGAUACGUGCAGAUCACAUGUGUAAAGUGAGGAAUGAUGUAAUCCGAGUGAAAAAGAUUAUAUUUUAA